AUGGCUGCCUCGUCUUAUCAGCAAAGCUCAGUUACAGUGCAACUGGAAGGUGGUAAAACGUUCAUCUGUAAGGACGUACUUCCACAACCCGGAGGUGUCAUCUUGGAUCUGGGCUGUGGUACUGGUGAGCUGUCUGCGUUCCUUGCUGAGCUUGUGGGGCCACAUGGACAUGUUAUUGCUGUUGAUCCUGACACCAAUCGACUGAAUUUGGCCAAGGAAACUCAUCGUCAUGUAAAGAACCUCUUCUUUGUGGAAGGGAACUCUAAUGAGUUUCAAGGCAUGGGAUCUAAAAAGUAUGACCUGAUUUUCUCCAACUUUGUGUUUCAUUGGAUACCGGACAAGGACAAGGCGUUCAGGAAUAUGUUUGACAGUUUGAAAGCCGGCGGGAAAAUUGCCAUACAUUACAUAGACGCCUUACUCCCCUUUAUAACUACCUCAUUUGAAGUGCUGAACCCGGAGACAGCGGAAAAAUUCAACAAAAUGUUUUGCUUCGAUACCAGAGAUAAUAUAGAUUGCAUGUGCCGCGCAGCAGGAUUUGAUGUCGUGAGCAGCUAUUACGCCUAUGAUGAAACGGUCGUUUAUCCCAGUGUGGAAAACCUUCUACAGUGGCUAGUAGGUACUUCACAUGGAGUUUUCGAUCUACAGCUUGUCACCCAAGAAAGAAUUCAACAACUGUUCGAAAAGUUCGGAAACCCACCGUUCGACUUUACUGCCGAUAGCAGGGUGAGUAGACUUCUAGCUGUGAAGCCGAAAUCCCAAGCACAAUGA